AGCGCGAAAUGGCACUGAUAACCCCUUUUUAUCAAAAAUCGUGCGCAAUGCUCUUAGUUUGGUUGUUCAUGUGUGUGGUCGGGGUGUCAGUUUAUCGUGUGGAGGCACGUGUAACCGCGGAAAUAUGCCAAGUGAAGCCGCAAGAGAAGCAUUGCCUUAUUGAAUGGACUGUGCGAGACAGAUGGCCACACCAGGAGCGAUGGGUUUACGAUUGGCGCCGAAGAAACUGCCACACUAUCCGCUGGGCCGACCACUGCGGGGCUCCCAAACCAGAUACCAACAACUUUGCUACGGAGGCUGAAUGCAACAACGAAUGUUCCGGAUGGGCAUGAUAUAUAAAAUUAGAAACAAAAUAAAACAACACACAAGGGUUAUUCUUAUUAUC